AUGUCCAAAGUAGCUCCUGAAUUAGUUCUCAAUGCUGAUCAACUACCCGAUACAACCGAUAUCCCAAAAAUUGAACCAACUCCAUCUAAACCAUUGCCAAAACCUUUAGCUGACUUCAAACAAUAUGUCGAGUCUAAAUUUUGCUAUCAUGCCAAACCUGUGGAAAACGCUGAACUCAUAAGUGUUGAACCAAAGAUGGCUUUUCAGUGCCACAUGAAAAUACUCAUAGAAGCAAGAAAGCUACGCACGGAAGUUACACCUUAUCGCUGGCACACCGAAACGGUUCUAGGAAGCCGUACAUUAGGACGGUUCUUCGAAGAAACUGAACUUCGCGGUGAAGCAAUUGGACAUAUUUGGAAUGAUUACCAAGUCGAUUUACCAUCUACUGAAAAAUCUAAACAAACCUUAGCUUUAGUCGAAAGCAUAUCAUAUUUAAGAUGCUCGCGUUGUCGAGGAAAAUGUAUUGUUUCAUGCACACAUUGUAGUAGCGGAUUAGUCGCAAGUGGAACAAAACUCUGUAGUUAUUGUAAAGGUGCCGGUAAAGUGACCUGUUCAAGAUGCAAGGGUUUGGGAGGCUUUCGUCAUACACCAACAUUAACUGUUAAAUGGCAUACUCAAUAUUCGACAUGGUUUUAUCAAAACUCCUUUUUACAUGUAAAAAGAAUUCGCAAGGGACAAAGAACACAAGUGUGGUCAGUGAAACAUGAACCAUGGUCAAAACAAUCAUCAAUAGAAAACGUUGUUCAGUCGAUACAGGAAGAAACUCCCGAUAUUCCUCUGAAGGAGAAUAUUAUCAAGGAUUACUAUGAAAAACAACUUAAUCCAGUGAAAACUAAGAACAAUGCAAUGCGGCGCUUAGAAUGUUCUAUAGAACGAAUGAAUUUUGAAGAGGUUCGUUAUAAAAUGGGUGAGAACUAUCAAAACAAGAAAGAUCCCACAUUAGAAAGCACAUUUCGAUUCUGUCAAUAUCCUGGACCUGAAGGGAAAACUGUGAUCUAUGAAAAUGAUUAUCCACUCAACUGUUGUGGUUGCUUUGGAGAGAAAGCAGCUUGCUAUUCGUCGUGUUGUACUAUUCUAUAA